CAUUAAUCCAAACAACAUAGUGUUUUAGUGCUGGUAGCCUAGUGUUUUUUUCCCUCAAGAAAUUUUACUAUGAAUAAAAACAGCACAAGAAAGAAUAGAAUAUUUUGUAAAUGAAAUUUGAAAGUAGUCCGUCCAUUUGCAGUUUGCGUGUACUUGAGUCGGACAAACUCAAACACAAACUGUAACAGAACAAAACAAAUCCCACAUCAAAUUCACUCGAUUCGCCCCCUUUUGAUUCUUCAACUUGGAUGCCCAUAAACUUGUACUGUACACUACUAUUUUGCCAAGAUUCCUCAUCUUUUUUUACAAAGGUUCAACCAAAUCCAACUCUUUAACAAGGGAUCUUGCUUGUUCCCUUUUGAUUUGUUUUUCUUUUGUGAUUUUGGGGGAUUAUAGAUGGCUGAUGAAGAAGAGAGAAAAUUCUUGGAUUUUGCAUUUACUGUUAGCAGAGGAUGGUGAGAAACAAUAGGGAUAUAAGACCUAUAAUCUUCAAAUUUGGGGUUGCUUUAGCUAUCUCACUUGGUGGAAUUCUCUUUACUUUUUUCAGAACCAAAAAAAUCAAGCCCUCCAAUUCAGGUGGUAAAAAAGGAGAGCUGCAAAAUGAUGAUCAGACAAAACCUGCCUCCGGGAAUUCAGUUUCCGAAUUUCCAUGGAGAUUUGAGAACGUCCCUGUACCAAAAAGCAUUAUUGAGAGUUCUAUAAAUGGUCUAUCUGCAAAUUGUAGGUCUGAUGAAGAUAGAGAUGAUCUUCUUCUGCCAGAGUUCAAUGAACUUGUAAAGGACUUCGGUUCGUCUCCAAAGGCUAGUUUUUCACCAUGUAAGGAUGUUGAAACGCCACUGCAGGAUGCAGAUUCAUCUAAGGAAAACAAAAUUGUCGGAAGAGAUGUCCGUGAGCAAGAGAUAGAGAACCUGAAUAAUAUUGUUAAAACUCUUAAAGAAAGGGAGAGAACUCGUGAGAUCCAACUGCUCGAGUAUUAUGGCCACAAGGAGCAAGUAAAGGCCAUCGCGGAGCUUCAAAAUCGCCUAAGGAUAAACAAUGUGGAGGCCAAGCAUUUGGGUCUAAAGAUCGAGUCUUUGAAGGCAGAGAAGAUGAGAUUAGAGGCUCAAGUGGCUGAAUCUGCACGUGUUGUCUCAGAACUUGAAGCUGCGAAAUUGAAAAUAAAGCAGCUAAAAGAGAAGCGCAGGUUGGGUGCUGAUCGCAACAAGGAACAGCUUUUAUCCCUUAAAGAAAGAGUUCUGAAGCUGGAGGACAAGGAGAAGAAUCCAGUUGAAACUGAAUCAGAUGUUCAGUUAAAGCUCCAAAAACUGAAUGACUUGUCAAUUGAGGCUAAUGAGUUGAGGAAAUCUAACCAAAGGUUAAAAGAAGAAAACUCGACACUGGCUGGUAGACUAGAAUCUGUUCAGAUGAUUGCCAUUACUGCUCUGGGGAAUGAUGAAACAGAAGUACUGAAAGAACUGAGAAAGCAAAAUGAAGAUUUAGUAAAGCAAAAUGAAGAUUUAGUAAAGGAAGUCGAGCAGCUUCAAGCAGGUCGCUUCAGUGAUGCUGAGGAACUAGUCUAUCUUCGAUGGGUAAAUGCUUGCCUGCGGUAUGAGCUGAGGAACUAUCAGCCUGUCCCAGGCAAAACAACCGCAAGGGAUCUCAGUAAAACGUUAAGCCCCAAGUCUGAGAACAAAGCCAAGCAACUAAUUCUUGAAUAUGCAGAUAAAGAAGGCCAAGGGGAUAGAGGGAUCCAUGAUUUGGAUAUUGAUUCUGACUGGUUAUCUUCCCAACCAUCCCAUCUUACGGACUCGGGUGAGUUAUAUGAUACUUCUAUUGAUAAUUCUUCAGGCCAUAAGUCUGACGCUUCAAACAAACACAAAUUCUUUGGUAAGCUUAUGAAAUUAAUAAGGGGAAAAAACCAUCAUCAUAGUCAGAGUCCUCCGGAAAUGGUUCACAGUACAGAAGAUGAUGCAGUAAGACGCUCGAGUUAUUCUUCCGAGUACAAUUCAGAUACGGCUGUCACAGAUACUGGAGCUAGUAGGCGCCAAAGCAGAUCAAGAACUCCAUCUCAGGGUUCAUCCAAACAAACUGUGGAUUUCCAUUCAUUUUAUCAAGGUUCUAGGAGCGAUAAAGGAGAAAGCAAAAACUCUUUGGCACAUAAGAGGAGAUAUAGUGAUGUGGGCUCAUUAGAUUAUAUCUCAAACAAUCUCGCUGAAUCGUCUCAAGAAAAAAGAAAUACUCAUGACCCAGAAAAUGUCCAGAAAUCUGAGCUGGCGAAAUAUGCAGAAGUUUUGAAAGGAUCUCGCUCUAAAGCACCAGUUCGCAAGAGAUCAGCAUCAGUUAGUUUCUUCUAACUACUGCAAAAGUAUGCAAGACUAUACCAGUUUUUGUUGCCCCUCUUUAUUAAUAGAGGUAGCAUAGGUUCUAUAGUUGAGUGAUCCUUCAACGAGGGGAAUCAACAUAUUGCAACAUGAUUACUUCAGUUGUUUACUGUAUGUAGUCCUACAAAUAUAAAAACUAGUGCAGCUUCUUCCAUUGAAGUUAUAGUUAUGAAAUUUUUAUUAGCAAAAGGAAACAGAACACAAGAGUAUACAUGUGUGUUACAUUGGAUUCAAUGUUUGAUUUCCUAUGCAGCUUCUGGUGUUGCUUUUUCA